GAAGACUUGUCCUUUGAAGACUCUGUUUCACAAUGGCAACAGGCGUAGCAGCGUGGCUUCCUUUCGCCAGGGCAGCAGCCAUUGGCUGGAUGCCUGUUGCCAACUGCCCCAUGCCUGUUGCCCCGAGAGACAACAGUAAGAGACAGGACGAGCUGAUCGUCCUCAAUGUCAGCGGUCGUCGUUUUCAGACCUGGAGAACCACUCUGGACCGCUACCCGGACACUCUGCUGGGCAGCACUGAAAAAGACUUCUUUUACAAUGAAGAAACCAAGGAGUACUUUUUUGACCGGGACCCUGACGCCUUCAGAAGCAUCCUCAACUUCUACCGGACAGGGAAGCUCCACUAUCCCCGCCACGAGUGCAUCUCAGCCUACGAUGAGGAGCUCACCUUCUUCGGCAUCAUCCCUGAGAUCAUUGGCGACUGCUGCUAUGAAGAGUACAAGGACAGAAAGAGGGAGAACCUAGAGCGGCUGCAGGAUGAUCAGGAGGAGAACAAGGACAUGAAGCUGCCCAACAUGACCUUCAGAGAGACCAUGUGGCGAGCGUUUGAGAACCCCCACACCUCCACCAUGGCCCUCGUCUUCUACUAUGUCACUGGCUUCUUCAUUGCCGUUUCGGUCAUUACUAAUGUGGUGGAGACGGUUCCAUGUGGUUCCACGUUCAACCAGAAGGAUAUGCCAUGUGGUGAACGCUACACUGUGGCCUUCUUUUGCAUGGACACUGCCUGCGUCAUGAUAUUCACAGUGGAGUACCUGAUGCGCUUGUUUGCUGCACCUAACCGCUGCCGCUUCAUGCGCUCUGUGAUGAGCAUCAUCGAUGUGAUGGCCAUCUUGCCGUAUUACAUCGGCCUGGUGAUGACCAACAAUGAGGACGUGAGCGGCGCCUUUGUGACACUGCGCGUGUUUCGAGUGUUUCGUAUCUUCAAGUUCUCGCGCCACUCGCAGGGCCUUCGAAUCCUGGGCUAUACACUGAAGAGCUGCGCGUCGGAGCUGGGCUUCCUCCUCUUCUCUCUCACAAUGGCCAUCAUCAUCUUUGCCACAGUUAUGUUCUAUGCAGAGAAAGGCUCCAGCUCCAGCAAGUUCACCAGCAUCCCAGCUUCUUUCUGGUACACCAUUGUCACCAUGACAACACUGGGGUGA